AAAUUAUCAAAUUAUUGCCUGGUAAUAGUGCUUCACCAGUAAGUAUGUAGGAUGUAUGGAAAAACAAACAAAUGCAAAGACAAGGGCUACAUAAUUGAAGCGAGGGAGAGCGGAAAAAAACAUUUAUUGAUAACGAAAUUCAGAUUCUGCUGCUAGUUUGCUCAGUGAGUGUUCUGUCGUUGUUCAUUCAAUGCAUAUAUGGAGUAAAUAGUAAUGUGUUAUUAUUAUUACAACUCAAUAUAACAAGACUGGAAUGCCUGCCGCUUGAGCUCUGCAUACUGAUAACUUUCGGCAUCGCCGUCAUAUAUGUACGUAAGUAUGAGCACGGGCUUCUUACUCAUAAACACCCAGUCCGCGUCUCCGAUCACACUCCCGCGCAAAAGGAAGACCAUCUCACAAUCGCAGCAGCAGCAUAAUCGCCGUCGCGUCGCACAUUGCCACUUGACUUGACUUAACUUGGCUUGGGCCGGUGUCCCCCGGCUUGAGAAAGCAUUUCCAAACGCUCGGUUAACAACUGAACCUACAAACACGAGCUCGUUAGUACGCAACGCCACUGCACUGGGUGGGCCUCUUUCUGGCUGAGCGGGAAUCGACGAAGACGCCGAAGACGACAACGACGGCUUGUCCGGAAUAUCAAAUAGCAAUUGCUGCUAUACUCCAGAACGGAAGAGGAUCAGACCGGCCGGACAGACGCACGCGGAUCGGAUUCAAUCGAACGAAACGCAACGGAUUGAACUUGGCCCCGAGGUAGAAUCUUCUUCAGUCGGGUGCCAAAAAACGACCGUGAUAGACGUCGAUCGGUGGAAAAUUGAAAAUUUAGAAAGGAUUUGAUGAACUGAGCUGCUGGAGGUGUUUAACUUAUUUGAAUGAUAAGAAAGUGCCGCCCAUAGUGAUAGUUACUAGCUACGAUACUGUUUGAUUGCUGAGGGUUGGUGACAGUUUGAACAAUGUUAUAUCUGAAGAUAAUAGCCGUUGGCCUUUGCUCAGCUUUUGCCUGGGAUGCUGCAGUUGCUGCCGAAGCGUGCUCCAACACCACAAUCAAAAUCGAAUACGUCCGACGAAAUGGCAAGAACGUGAUGGUAGCCCGGGGUAAAUGCUGCAAAGGCUAUUCCCGGCACAAGAACAAGUGCAACCCGGUGUGCGCGACACCGUGCGAAAAUUCACGCUGCACCGCACCCAAUUUCUGCACCUGCGAUACGGGGUUCGAGAGGCUUUCGGAUUUCAGAUGUAUUCCUCAUUGCGAUGGUUGUGAUAAUGGUUUCUGCAUUAAGCCAGGCUACUGUCAGUGUAAUUCGGGAUUCUACCACGCCGAAAACGGAAGUUGUUUGAUCGAGUGCAACAACUGUGUUGGGGGUUUUUGUACUGAGCCAAAUGUUUGUCAGUGUCCUGUUGGGUACGUUUUGAACGAACUUUCGGGUUCCAGUAGAAGCUGUGAACCGGUUUGUCUCGAUGGAUGUCCAAACGGGAUUUGUGUCAGUCCUGGAGAAUGCAAAUGUAACGAAGGAUUCAUAAAAGGGACUGGCGGGAAUUGUCUACCUGAGAGGCCUUCAACAACUACACCGGAACCUUGUGAGCAAGGUUACGAAGACAUCGAAGGAGUGUGUACUCCAAUUUGUCUACAGACUUGUGUAAACGGCAAAUGCAUGGCUCCUAAUCAAUGCGAAUGUGAUGAAGGCUUCGAUAAUGCGAAUACUACUGCCAAUCAUAUUUGUGAGCCGGUGUGUCGGAAUGGAUGUCAGAACGGAGAUUGCAUUGCACCGGGUAAAUGUAUGUGUCACCGUGGGUACGGAAAGAUUGCUGAAGAAUGUAUACCUCUGUGUGAGAAAUGCUCUUUCGGUCACUGCGUUGAGCCGGAAGUUUGCGUUUGUGAUCGAGGGUACGAACUUGUCGAUGGAGAUUGUGUUCCGAUUUGCGAGGAAGAAUGUAAGAACGCCAAAUGUACCGGGCCGAAUUCUUGCACCUGUUUGCCCGGGUACAACUACACCGACAUUAACUCAUUGUUUGAGUGCCUUCCGGUUUGUGAGGACGACUGUGAUAAUGGAGAGUGCGUAGCACCAAACACUUGCGAGUGUAACUCAGGUUUCGUUAAAGAAGACAACCAGUGCGUGGAUGAAAUUGAACUCUGUCGAUCGAGAUGUUUCAACGGGUAUUGCGACGAAAAUGUGAAAUGCAACUGUCAUUACGGAUACAUAAUGAAUCUUGUUGGCCUUUGUGAAAAGACUUGCCCAGAAGGAUGUAGUUAUGGACAGUGUAUCGGGGGUGAAUGCAUCUGCGAAGAAGGUUAUCGACUUUCGGCAAAUAAUGCUUCGAUCUGUGAGCCAAUCUGCGAAGAUGAGUAUGAUGAGAUCGGUACUGGAUGCAUCAAUGGACAGUGUGUAAGCCCGAAUAUCUGUCUAUGCGAUGCGGGAUUCGAACUAGUCGAUGGAAGUCGAACGCACUGCGAAUCACAGGAAAUACUUCGAAGGCACAGAGAGAGACAACUAAGGGAACAGCUUUGCGCAAAGCACUGCAACAAUGGAGUAUGCGAUCAAGGUUACUGCCAAUGUAAACAGGGUUACGUAAACCCAGACGGCGAAGCGCAUCGAUGUAUACCAAUGUGCGAUCCGCAAUGCAAAAAUGCUACUUGUGUUUUACCGAAUCGCUGUGAAUGUGAUCUUGGGUACAAAUUUUACAACGGAAGUCUCCACACCUGUCUCCACGUCGAAGACAUAAAUCGAAUCCACAUGGAGCUAAUGCAAGCUCAAUGCGAAGAGAAGUGUAUUUACGGAAAUUGUCUCGAUGGGAAGUGUUUGUGCAAUGAAGGGUUCCGUUUGUCGAAAAAAGACGAAUUUAUUUGUCAACCUCAUUGUGACAACCCUUGUAGCCAUGGAGUGUGUUCUGGAAACAAUCGAUGUCAGUGCUUUGAAGGUUACAGAAGUGUUGCCAAUGGUAGUGGAUGUGAGCCAAUCUGCGAACCAGAAUGUCUUAACGGUCUAUGUGUCAGUCCUAACGAAUGUAAGUGUCUACCUGGACAUUCUUCCGAACCGCACAGCAAACACAAAUGUGAGAGUGAAACAACAAAACAAGAAUCUGUAGCGAGAGAAAAACAAAGAAAGUGUAAAUCUAAAUGUGUCAACGGCAUUUGUAUCGAAGGUGUCUGCAAAUGUUACGAGGGAUACUCCACAAGCCCUGAAUCAAAGAUGAUUUGCGAGCCUAUUUGCACCGGCGAAUGCGUUCAUGGAAAGUGUGUUGCUCCUGAAAGUUGCUCGUGUGAGGAAGGAUACGAACUAGUCCCAGAUCAAGGAUGUAAACCGAUGUGUAACGAAAGUUGCGUUAAUGGAUUCUGCAGUGCACCGGGAAGAUGUGACUGCUUACCGGGCUACAAAUUGCUGGCAGAAGAUGAUGAUUCCUGUGUCCCAGACUGUGGACCCGAGGGAUGUCGUAAUGGUCACUGUGUUGCACCGGACAGUUGCAUUUGCUUCACGGGCUAUCAACCGAACAAAGAGGAUGAUCCACAUUGCGAGUUGAUCCCGGAUAUCAUCUACAAAGCCGAUAGUCACAGUGACAGCUUGCUGUACAGUACGGCCUACAUCAAGUACCUGGCGCCAGUCGUUGUGGUGGCGAUCCUGACCACCGCGGCCAUCAUAACCAUGAUCGUGUUGCGUAACAAGAAGAAGGACUACCACAUUGGAAAGCUCGGUAACGUCCAGCGUCGUCGGUCCAUGCCGGAUCGCCAUUCCCGUUCCACCGAACCAUACAAUGAUUAUAAUCUGGUCGUUCUAUUUCCUCCCACAGAAACGAAGGAAAAUUGCGUGUACUUUAUGCCUCAGGCGCUAGAUGCAGAUAAGGACGAGGAGGAAAAGUUCAGUGUGUAAAUAUAAUCCGCCCGAAAGAUUGAAUCUCGAACGAUGGGAAAAAACGAUCCCGAACUGAUUUGUGACCAAGUGAUGUCAUCAAACCAAAUGUAAAUAAUAGAUUCUACUUACCAUUAUUCGGAGGUAACGAUAACGUGCUGUUUUUAUUUUAUUUAUUUUUUUAAGUUGUCAAUGAUCUUAUAAAUAAAUGGUACAGAAAAUGAAA